CGCAAUACGAGCUUAUCUCACUUCGCAUGCUCUCUUUUGUCUUGUGAGUUGUGAAACUUGAGAGACCAUUGAAAGAGAACGGCUUGUCCUCUUUAUUCAUUCUUGUCCUUUGCUUGUCAGUGGUUUUUUUGUUGUUGACUCAAAUUUCAAGUACAUAUUAUCCUUUAAUCUGUCUCCAACAAAGAUUGGGAGGCCCAAGUUACCGGAAGAGAUAGCUUUGAAACUUUAUUAAAGUAGACAUGAAUAUUGCCCCACUAAGCUUGGAUUCUUCCAUAUCCAUAUUUUUCCUGCAAAACAAGAGAGAAUGAAUGGUGUGGUAUGGCAAAACUUGACACUAAACAUCUCUUUGGCUUAUCUUAUGUACGCAUGGCAAAACAUCAAAAAGAACAAUAUAGAUUGGGGAUAAGAAAGAAAGAAAGAAAGAUAUGCAUGUUGUCUAUUUGGUCGACGAAGCAAGACCAUUCAAUAUUAUUGGCUAGUUAGGCAUGUGCUUUUCACCCUGGAGUCAGGAUAGAGAGAAGGGCACUGUUAUGAAAGAGAGUGUUUGUGUACAGGAGCAUUGAAUAAUCUCGGCUGGAGUGACUUUUUCCCGUGUUAUUACUUGAUUAGUUGAUUUCCUCACGACUCCUUCACACGUGAGAGCCGGUCCCAAACUAAUCCUCAUUCCUCCCAAAUAUCGGGCAAUCUGCCCGACCUUUUCGAUCCAAAGGCCUAGUGCCAACGACUCCAGUCCAGUGUGCGCUCAAUAAUUUCUUGCAUCCAUAAGGCGCACGAUAGCUCUUCUCCGCUGUGAGCAGUUUUUGUUCCCUUUAGGAUGCGCGUUGCUCCCCUCUUCGCACUCUCUCUUUAACAUCCCCGCCAGUUUCAUGUUUUCUCCGCCUUUCUUUAAAUUUGGAGCUAGUUAUUGACAGUUAAAAAGCAAUUGUUUCGGCAUUUCAGGCCUAAUAUCUGAAAAUUUUCAAUUGGUAAAAGAAUGUCAGAAGGAACAAGUAUUGUGAUGGAGUCUUCUGAAAAUGGGACAGAUAUAUCUCACGAUGAUACUGGCAACAUGGAAAAAAUACCUGAUGAUACAAUAUUGUCACAACAAACUGCUGUGAAUCUUGUUCCAUUUACCAAAGAUUUGUCUCUCAAGAUGCUGCCUAUGAAUUUAAUUGCAGUUUUGCAAAGCAAUGUGGCUUUUCCAUUAGAUGUCACCGUACUCGUGGAAGGGAUGAUUUUGGUAGAGGAAGCGAUCCUUUUUGUUGUUUUCACCCUUUCUCUGGCAGCUGAAAUUAUCGAUUUAAGUAAUCAUACUGAAGUCAAGGCACAGACUCAACGAAGAACACAGAAAGUUUACAUCAAAACAGGUUCACUAAUUGAAUCACAAGCAGCCUCUGUUUUUACUCCUUACACCUUUAAUAAGUUCCAAGAGGAGCUUGUGUUAGCGCCACUUUAUGCAUCUUUUCCAAUUGAUCAAUAUUGUUACCAAGUCACACACCAUACUCGGAUAUCUAGGGGGUGCAAAGUCAUUUGGGAUCCUUGUCAAGAGCACAUCAGUUGUGGCUGCAACCAAUAACUGUUUUCACAUUCCAGAGCAAUUUUUGCCUAUCCGAUGGCAUGAUGUUAUUUUAUCUUUCAGUACAAUAGUGCAUUUUGGGAGGAUUCAGUUACUA